CAGGCGUUGGUCUCCGCGCUCCAGCUCCGCAGCGGCGGCCACCUUCGAUCUAGGGACCGGUCUAUGGGGAUUCUGCGCGUCCCCGACGGAUUGUUCCUGCCCCAGCGCUUCCCCCGCGGACCUCCCCGCCCCUCCGCCUCAGCCUUUCCCGCCGCUGGGGCGCAGAACCCCGGGGGCCAGCGGUCGCCGGUGACCCCGCCCGACACCCCUCCGGAGCCGCCUGGGGACAGUUCCCUCCUCCUCGCCGCUGUCUAGCCCGAGGUAGAGCCCGGCCAGCCCCGAGGAGCGCUGCCGGGAGGGGCGUCCGAGGGGCGUCUCGGAGGCUUGGAGUGGCCGGGCCCCCGGCGGGCUGUGGUCCACGGGGCGCCGGAGCGGCGAGGAGGCCCCCCUCGCCGGGCUGCGCGGGCCGCCCGGGGCGCCCGCCGCCCGCGCGGGGUCUCCCCCAUGGUGCAGCGGGGGUCGGGAUGUCGAAGACGCUGAAGAAGAAGAAGCACUGGCUGAGCAAGGUGCAGGAGUGCGUGGUGUCCUGGGCCGGGCCCCCGGGCGACCUGGGCGUGGAGAUCCGAGGCGGCGCGGAGCGCGGCGAGUUCCCCUACCUGGGGCGGCUCCGCGAGGAGCCCGGCGGGGGCACCUGCUGCGUUCUCUCGGGCAAGGCGCCCAGCCCCGGGGAUGUGCUGCUGGAGGUGAACGGGACGCCUGUCAGCGGGCUCACCAACCGGGACACCCUGGCUGUCAUCCGCCACUUCCGCGAGCCCAUCCGUCUCAAGACCGUGAAGCCGGGCAAAGUCAUUAACAAAGAUCUGCGACAUUACCUGAGUCUUCAGUUUCAGAAAGGAUCAAUUGACCACAAGCUGCAGCAAGUGAUCAGAGAUAACCUCUACUUGAGGACCAUUCCAUGCACCACAAGGGCCCCCAGAGAUGGGGAAGUACCAGGGGUGGACUAUAAUUUCAUUUCUGUUGAACAGUUCAAAGCCCUGGAAGAGAGUGGAGCAUUAUUAGAAAGUGGAACGUAUGAUGGAAACUUCUAUGGGACUCCCAAGCCUCCAGCAGAACCCAGCCCUUUCCAGCCCGAUCCUGUGGACCAGGUCCUCUUUGACAAUGAGUUUGACACCGAAUCCCAAAGGAAGCGAACCACCUCCGUCAGCAAGAUGGAGCGGAUGGACAGCUCUCUCCCCGAAGAGGAGGACGAUGAGGACAAGGAGGCCAUUAAUGGCACUGGCCAUGCAGAAAACAGAGAGAGGCCUUCUGAGUCAUCCGAUUGGAUGAAGACCGUCCCGAGUUACAACCAAACCAACAGCUCCAUGGACUUCAGAAAUUACAUGCUGAGAGAUGAGAGUCUGGAACCACUGCCCCAAAACUGGGAGAUGGCCUACACGGACACGGGGAUGGUCUACUUCAUCGACCACAAUACCAAAACGACCACCUGGCUGGACCCUCGCCUUUGUAAGAAAGCCAAAGCCCCCGAGGACUGUGAAGACGGAGAGCUUCCUUAUGGCUGGGAAAAGAUAGAGGACCCGCAGUAUGGGACAUACUAUGUUGACCACCUUAACCAGAAAACCCAGUUUGAAAAUCCCGUGGAGGAAGCCAAGAGGAAAAAGCAGUCCGGGCAGGCUGAUCCGGGGCCUCCCAAGCCAGACACGGAAAAAUCCCACUUCACGCGGGAUCCGUCCCAGCUUAAAGGCAUCCUGGUUCGGGCAUCAUUGAAGAAAAGCACAAUGGGCUUCGGUUUUACCAUCAUCGGUGGAGACAGGCCUGAUGAGUUCCUGCAGGUGAAAAACGUGCUGAAAGACGGCCCUGCCGCUCAGGACGGGAAAAUUGCACCAGGCGAUGUUAUUGUAGACAUCAACGGCAGCUGUGUCCUGGGUCACACCCACGCAGAUGUGGUCCAGAUGUUCCAGCUGGUGCCUGUCAAUCAGUACGUAAACCUCACUUUAUGCCGUGGUUAUCCGCUCCCGGACGACAACGAAGACCCCGCCGUGGACAUGGUCGCCGCCACUCCCGUCAUCAACGGCCAGUCACUGGCCAAGGGAGAGCACACUCAGGAUUUUAAGUCGGGGGCGAUGGCCCUGGACCAGAAUGGGAAGUCGGGGCAGGUCCUGGUCAGCGACCGUCUCAACGGGCCAUCGGACGCGAGCGAGCAGAGAGCGUCCACGGCCUCCUCGGGCAGCUCCCAACCCGAACUCGUGACCGUCCCUCUGACCAAGGGCCCCAAGGGCUUUGGCUUUGCGAUUGCCGACGGCCCCACCGGCCAGAAGGUGAAGAUGAUCCUGGACAGCCAGUGGUGCCCGGGCCUCCAGAAGGGGGACGUCAUUAAGGAAAUCUUCCACCAGAACGUGCAGAGCUUGACGCACCUGCAAGUGGUCGAGGUGCUGAAGCAGUUCCCCGUGGGCGCGGACGUGCCCCUGCUCAUCCUGCGAGGAGGUCCUCCUUCACCAACGAAAACUGCCAAAACGAAAACGGAUAAAAAGGAGCAUGCGGGAAGCUUGGAGGCCGUGAAUGAGCCCAUUCCGCAGCCUCUGCCUUUCCCACCCAGCAUCGUCAGGUCCGGGUCCCCCAAGCUGGACCCCUCUGAGGUCUACCUGAAGUCCAAGACGUUAUAUGAGGAUAAACCGCCAAACACCAAAGACUUGGAUGUUUUUCUCCGGAAACAGGAAUCGGGGUUCGGCUUCCGGGUGCUGGGAGGAGACGGCCCUGACCAAGCUAUCUACAUCGGGGCCAUCAUCCCCCUGGGCGCCGCCGAGAAGGACGGCCGGCUGCGCGCGGCCGACGAGCUGAUGUGCAUCGACGGGAUCCCCGUGAGGGGCAGGUCCCACAAGCAGGUCUUGGACCUCAUGACGACGGCUGCUCGCAACGGCCACGUGCUCCUGACCGUCCGGAGGAAGAUCUUCUAUGGAGAGAAACAGCCCGAGGACGACAGCCCCCACGCCUUCCUCUCAGCACAGAACGGGUCUCCGCGCCUGAACCGAGCGGACGGCCCCGCCAGGCCCGCGCCCCCGGAGGCCUAUGAGGUCGUCCUGCAGCGGAAGGAGAAUGAAGGGUUUGGCUUCGUCAUCCUCACCUCCAAAACCAAGCCGCCUCCCGGAGUUAUUCCUCAUAAAAUUGGCCGAGUCAUAGAAGGAAGCCCAGCUGACCGCUGUGGGAAGCUGAAGGUGGGAGACCACAUCUCAGCAGUGAAUGGGCAGUCCAUCGUCGACCUGUCCCACGACAGCAUUGUCCAGCUGAUCAAGGACGCCGGCGUCACUGUCACACUGACGGUCAUCGCCGAGGAAGAGCAUCAUGGUCCACCGUCAGGAACAAACUCGGCCAGGCAAAGCCCGGCCCUGCAGCACCGGCCCCUGGGACCGUCACAGGCCAACCACGUGCCUGGGGACAGUGAGCCUGGCAAAGACGCGCCCGCCUCCUACAGACACUCGUGGGCGGACCACAAGCACCUCGCGCAGCCCGACGCGGCCGUGAUCGCAGCCGUGGGCAGCCGGCACCACCAGGGCCUGGGCUGCUACCCGGUGGAGCUGGAGCGCGGCCCCCGCGGCUUCGGGUUCAGCCUCCGCGGGGGGAAGGAGUACAACAUGGGGCUCUUCAUCCUGCGUCUGGCCGAGGACGGGCCCGCCCUCCAGGACGGCAGGAUCCACGUCGGGGACCAGAUCGUGGAGAUCAACGGGGAACCCACACAAGGCAUCACGCACACCCGCGCCAUCGAGCUCAUCCAGGCCGGCGGGAACAAGGUCCUCCUGCUCCUGAGGCCGGGCACGGGCCUGAUUCCUGACCACGGCGAUCGGGAUGCCACUCACCCUCCAUCUCCCCACGUGAUUUACGACGAACAGCCGCCAUCGGCCCCACCCUCGCGCUCUGCUUCCACGUCUGAAGAGCCGGUAACUGGAGACGCUUCGGUGAGAGCGCCGACGCGGGAAAAGGCAGGAGAACUCCAGGACGCGGUGCCUGGAAGGAAAAGCACGUCCCAUCAGUCCCUUCCCCAGAAAAGCGUGAGUAAGAGGGACCCGCCUGCCGGGCACGGGCACGGCGACAAGAAGAGUCUCUUAAAAGUAGAAAACGGAGCCUCCCACCGGGGCCGGUCCGCCAGCCGCUACGCAGAGGACCAUUCAGAGACCAUCCCCGGUCCUCUCAAAAGUGACCCGAAAAGGCGGCCCCGGGGCCGGUCCUCCAGCCCCCGGAGAGGGGAGCAGCAGAGCAACGCCAGGGCCGGUUCCGGACAGGACCCCGCCAGGAACAGCAGAGGGCGCUCUUCCAGCCCAAAGAAGCCGCCGAGGACGGAGGGCGGCGGAGACCAGGCCGGUGAGAGCGCCCCGCCGGCCGCGGGUGGGGUCCGGACCGAGCCGAAGCAGAGUCAGCCCGGGAAAAGCAGGACGCGCUCUCCGGAGAAAAAAAGCAAGAGGACGGACGAAAAGUCUCUCCCGUCCAAAAAGGCCACGCACGUUGCUGGCCGCGGAGGACCUGAAGGUGACAAAGGAAAGCGAGCCCCCUCGGGGGAAACGUCGGAGAAGAAGCUGAAGCCGGACGCCGCCGAGGACGACGGCGGGAAGGAGGCAGCCGACGGCGCCCGGGGCUCUCCGGGCCGGCGGGCACCCAUCACGCCGGGGCCCUGGAAGGUGCCGAGUGCCAGCAAAGCCUCGGGCUCGGCUGGGGUGGCCGAGAGACGGCUGUGACCUGUAAGCGUUUUCCCUCCAAAAGUCGUUCUUUCAGAAAUGCUCGCACCCAAGCACACUUUGACUUCACCAGCCACCCAGGCGCGGGAAGGGCCCUGGUUGGCGGAGAAGCGCUGACCCCGGGCAGGCUGCCCUCCGUCGCGCCCGCCUCGUCCUCAGGCUGUCAGAACAGAUGGCGUGCGUGACAGUAACAGUGUGGUCACAACUCACGGAAGGUCUGUGCCAAGUUCUCUGCUGCCUCACUCCGUCUCCUCCUCCUCGCUCAGUAUUGCCACAGCCGUGACCGUGGGGUCUGGCCUGGAAGUCACGUUCUCCAUAGCAUGUUGCAUGUUUACAGAGAGCAUUCGCGUCCCUGCAGGAGAGGGGACUCGGCUCCUGGCUACAGAUGGCGUCCCAGUUCAAAAAUACAACUCACCGUCCUGCUGGGAAGAAAAACAGGUGGUCAGAUCCUGAGCGCGCACGGUUUUCUAUCUUCAUUCCGCUGGGCAGGUGUUUCAGUAACAAAGGUGUUACUUACAACUGCGCGUUCCGAAGGAGGAAGCGGUGAGGCCAAGGGGCGCCCACCUCCUGCCCCCCCCAGCCGCGGGAAUGCCGUGUGCUCCUGGUCGGAGAAAAACGACCAGGUUUCCAUUUCUGGCUCUCGGGGUUGUACCUGCUAAGUCGUUGGCAGUUAGUCCCUAUUUGCAGAGUCACAAUAGGAUUCAGAUUGUGGGAGGGACGCAGUCUUGCAAGCAGUUUCACGGAAGCUGCCAAGCCUCCGACCCCUCGCAGGCGAGGACGGGCAGGCUGGGCCUCCCGCCUUCCUCGCUCCACUGACUCUGUUUAAAGGCCAGAAAGGGAGCCCCAACCUCCGCUUCGCCUGUGGGACCCUCGGGUCCAGUGAAAGGUGGUGGUGGGAGGUGGCGGCAGUUUUAACCACCACGAGCGUGUUUUUCCGCCCGGAAGCAGCAUUCAGUAGCAGCUGGAACUAGAGGAACUUCCAGAAGAAAGCCGUGUCGAGUAUCGGAACUCACCGCCUGUCACUCGCGUUCCUCUCGUUGUUGUGAAACGUGUGUCCAGGCCCCUCCCUCUCGGCGUCUGACUGUGAAACUCUCUCCUUCGACGGCGGACUCGGCCCUGUCCUGUCCCGCCUCCUGUAACCACCAGACAGCGCAGAAGUAGAAGGCUUGGUAAAUGCUCAGAGUUAGCGCCACAGAAAUGAUUUAUUUUCCCUCUAGCCCACAAUUAGUGAUAAAAAUCCUAUUUUUAUUGUUAACUGUGACAUGACUUGGAUGUCAUGUGUUGUCAGUCUGAUGUGGCUCUUUUCCUAAGUAACCUGUCGCUGUAUUGAUUAUAUCCUGACUUAGCAAUGUGGCCUUGGAAUGCUAAGCAACAUAUGGAUGUACUGGUUGUAAAUGUUUAUAUAUUGUACAGUACCUUUAUAUAUACACCUGAGGUUCUGAUUAGAGAAAGAGAUCUGUAAAUCGCUCGUUAUUUUUUAUAUAGAUAUUAAAAAA